GAAAGAUUUGUUUAUGCGGGCCAUUGGAACCAAAAACGUCAAGAAAGAUGUCAUUUUCAUCUCAGUUGGACGAUGAACAUAAUGAUUAUCAGCUGAUGACCAAAAUCGACAAUGCAAAGAAUGUGUUGCAUCUAUUGAAAGCUGUCAAUUUUCGUGAUACGGCCACAGUAUUUGCCAGCAGUAAUGGAUUGAAAGUCACAGUUGAGGAGGCAAAGUGUAUCCAAGCCAAUGCUUUCAUCCAGUCAGACAUGUUCCAGGAAUAUAGCAUUCGAGAGGAUGUUAUAACAUUCAAGGUGAACUUGAAUGUCUUUGUUGAAUGUCUCAAUAUCUUUGGUGGCAGCAGUACUCCUGGCAUUACACCAGCGCUGAAGAUGUGCUACAAUGGCUAUGGCUCACCACUUAUUCUGUUACUAGAAGAAGCCGGGGUGUUGACAGAUUGCAGUAUACGGACUCAAGAGGCAGAUGAUACUCUUGACUUCAAUUUCUGUAACACAGGAGUGAUCAAUAAAGUGAUAAUGAGAUCUGAGUGUCUGAAGGAGGUAUUUUCUGAGCUUGACAUGUCCAGUGACGUCCUAGAAAUCUUGAUGUCUCCAGAUCCUCCAUAUUUCCGUCUCUCAACUUUUGGAAAUUAUGGAACUAAUCAUACAGAUAUACCAAGAGACAGUGACAUGGUGGAGAAUUUCUCAUGUACUCAAACUAUGACCCAACGGUACAAGCUCUCACUUCUGCGGCCAUCUAUUAAACCUCUAAGUGCUUCUCAGAAGGUGUCAGUUCGAACAGAUGAGCGAGGUUUCCUCUGUUUACAGUUUAUGAUUAAGACCGAAGAUAACCAUAUCUGUUUCGUCGAGUUCUUUUGCUGUCCAGAUGAAGAAGGAAGCGAAUAGUUAACAUGAAAGCAUAUAUUGUAUCCACUACAAUUUAGAAUGCUUAUUGGCAGCAAUGCAUAGUAGGUUUAUUUAUCUUUAUGCAGCAAUGCCUGUCGGAGAAUGGAUAAGGACCACUGUCAGUUGGCAAGUUUUGAUAGAGAUAAA